GCGGCUUCUGUCUCAAUAUGAAGCCCGGUGUAAUAAUCGCGCUGCUCUUGGGGGCGACCGCUCUCACGGUCGCCAACGCCCAGCAAACUGGUCUGUACCCCAACUUCCCUUACUGCGCAUGCUCCAAAGCGUCCUCGGCCUACAGCCUGUCCCAGACCGUUAAGGCCAAGGGUGCCGGCCAGUACUGCUUUACGCUGAGGGCCAAGGUCCCGACCGGCUGCACGAGCUACUGUUGCUCAAAGGCCGACUUUAAGAAGCUAGAGUUCAAUGUCAACCCGACGUGCGAUGUCUUCGGCGCGGUUGUCAAGGCCACCGUCAAUGGCGUUCCCACCGUUGUUGGCCCUGCCUUCAGCGCGCCCAAGGACGGUCCUACCAACAGCACCAUGCUGCGUCUGACCCAAUUGGGGCUGGGCCUUGCUAGCGAUGGUGCCGAGAUCUGCAUCACUCUGGCCGCCAACCCCAAGACCGGCCUGGGCUGCACCACCCUGGAGCAGCUCUGCGUGCCCCCCGCCGGCAUGCCCGCUGGCGUGUGCUCAGCUGCCAUGUUCGACUCCAACACCGACUGCUGCCCCAUCUCGCAAGUCGGCGUGCCCAGCCCACCUCCCCCAUCUCCCCC